GAGUGGAUAAGAUGGCAAUAUUAAAACGCCAUUAGGUGGUGCAUCCUCGACGUUGUUGAAACCUAGUUUAUAGAUGAUUUUGAGAAGUUCUACAUGUAAGCCAUGAUCCGUGAAUAUAGUUUAUUUUGUGCUGCAUUCAUCAUUGCCUUGUUAUUUACGAGAUGUUACUCUGAAACGGACUCAUAUACUUGUCCUUCCGAUUCAGGAAAAAACUCUUCAGUUAUUAUAGGCGUCAUUUUGCCGGUUCUGCCUGAGGUUUACUACGUCCAAGUUGAAUGUAACAUUGUCAACAAAAACCUUACCAUACGGGCACAGGAAUACUUUGACGGGCCAAAUGGCCGAGCGUUAAUGAUACUGACCAAACAAUCAGCCACCAGUUAUUACUUGUUCCAGUACACCGUUGAUCAACUUGUGACGUGGACAGAGGAUGGAAGUUGCACCACUUCGAAGCUGGAUCAGAACGCCGUCGCCAAUUUAAUCGGCUACGUACCCGUCGCCCAUGGUGUGCAUAUCCCAUCUGCCAGAGAUGUGUUCAAAUUUGGAAGAAAUUUCACUCAGACGUUCGAAGGUAAAGCCAGAGUCCGCGGCAUUCCAGUGGACCAUUGGAAAAGCUGCCAGGAGUGGUCUGCUAUGAAAGCCAACUACACCUUAGACUAUUACUUCACACGUUAUGGUAAUUGGUUGCCAGCGUCAGAAAAUGCCAAUAUUCAGAGUCCAGUGAGAGCAGAAGUCGCCGGCGUAAUCACCAAUGGCGAUGGUUCAAUAAAUCACAGUUUUCACCAUGUUUACGAGUAUCACAGUUUUACAGAAACCUUACCUAAAGACCCGGAUCCGUUCCAGCUCCCAGCAGGUCUCUACUGCCCGGGCUACAUUCCCGUCUUCACCCGACCAUUCCCGACUAUUCCCGAAAUGUUCGUCCUCUCCACGGAAACCAUUCUCCCUAACGGCAGAGAAGUGAUCUACACUAAGAUGUGGUACAGUAUAACGGACAAAAUAGUAAGAGUUUCAGAGAAAUUCACAUCCGCCAACUCAAACCCUGUAUCAACUGUAUAUGAUUUUGACAGAGGUUUGUCGUAUACGAUUGAUGACCUCACGGGAAACUGCAAGGUCGGUUUUGUAGAGCCAGACAGCCCACUUUCGGCGCCAAACAGCGGUGCUCAGCUGCGAAUGAUAAGCGCCAAGGAGUAUUUUUUUGCAGAAAUCGAACCCAGUGAAAUUUACUACACGGGCACGCGCGUGGUUCGAGGUGUGACGUGUGAUACGUGGAUUGGUCAGUAUAAAGAUGAUGCCACAGGGAAAACGUACAUCGUAGAGUGGUACUUCACAGAGGCCAUGUGGUCUGUUAUUGAAGCAACCUCAGUGGCAAAAGAAAGAAACGUUCUCUUCAAAAUAAUUCAGAAAGAGAGGGAUCACCCAGAAAACGUUAAAAUCAUUAAUGUAGAAAGUCUGGUGGAAAUGACAUCGUUUGACUGGACGAGCAUUGACAUAACACCGUGCUUUUCAUAUGCCAAUAGAACAACAUUUUCGGCCAGAUUUUUUAUCGGUUCGCAGGAGAGUGAUCUAGACGCAAUUGGCUUCGAGAUAGCAAAAAGAAAAAUCCAUAAAAAUUUGACGGAGCUGACAAAUAUAUCUCCUCUGAGACUUACUGAGAUGCAGAUCGACUAUGAUGGAAAAGACUACAUAUUUUUCGUAGCCACGCUGUUGCAGAAGGCGCCAUUAGCCAACCCACAAGCAUAUAAUACAAAACCAGAACCAACCUUACAUGGAGCAUUUAAAGUGAUCCAAGAGAAAAUAAGCUCAAAAAGUCCACAGUUUAAAAUCCUUAUCUCGGGGCCAGGAAAAACCAUUCUUGUCCUGUUGCAAGGCGAUAGUGCGGUAGUUGUGACAUACGCUGUGGAACCGACUGCCUUGCCCACGCCGCCAACGCCAUCGCAGUUACCCCCAACACCUUCGACUACCUAUCCCACGCCUUCGCCGAUUAAAGAGACAACAUCCUCUGGCUCUAUGGACACGACAACGGAAACCAAAUCUACGUUGACAACUUCAACAAAGACGCCUGAACCAACAAAAUCAGCUAUCACAUCAAGUACAUUAUCUAGUGUGACACCCAAACCGUGCACUGUACCAACAGUUACAGCAAAACCAUGCACGUGUCCUACUUAUACAAAAAACACUUGUGCACCAUGUCCAACAGUGACGCAUCCACCAACACCAACACCAAAAAUUGUCACAAAGAUGGUUACAGUACAGGUUCCUUGUCCAACGGAAACGGACUCAACGACAACAGUUUUACCAACAACGGCAUCGGUUGUCACCCCCUCGGCGGCUGAUGUUAACAGUACAGAUAACCCCACGAACGAGACUGAAUGCGAUGCUGAAGAAUAUAGGAAACUUCUUGAACAGCGCAACAGAAACAAUGAAAUUGGACCAGGGGCAGUCGCGGGAAUUGCAUUAGGAAUGCUGUGUGUGGGCUUGUUACUUGGUUUUGUGGCAAGCAGAGUAGCUUGUCGGAAGAAAAUUUAUAAAAGGAACAAAAGAGAGUCAAUAGCCAAUUUCAUAAAUGACCAGUACAACGAAGACGCAACUCCGUAUUAGUAGCCUUAGUACCUCUUCUCAUGUGUAACUGAACGGACAUCAAUAUUAUCUGCCAUAAGAUGGCUUAAUACAUGUUAAAAGGUUGUGCGU